AACUAUCUCCAUGCGUGCUACGCAACGACACUAAUUUCCCUCAGAUCAGAGAAGCUUUAGACGCACGACAGGCAAGACCGCCGCUAUUUUGAACCAGUCGUUCUCGUCUGUUGCUGGCCGAGGCUAGGUUAAUGGCGCAUUUCGAGGCUUCCAUGAACCAACUCGACGUAGACUGCCUCGCGACUAUCUUUUCGUUCCUAACUCCCGCGCAAAUCUGCCGCUUUGCGCACGUGUCGCGCACGUGGUCGGCAGCAGCAGCGUCUGACGUCAGCUGGGGCCGCCUUCUUCCCCCUCUUUGCGGCUCGCCGUGCUUCCAGAAAGCCCUUGAGGCGCAUCGCGUAACGGCAUGUUCGAGAUGCCGGCUGACGUCAGCCUCCCCUCGUGAUGACGACAGCAGCAGCUCCUCUAGUGGCGGGCCGAGCAGAAUAAUGUGCCGCAGUAGCAGCAAUGAUGACGUCAGCAGCAGCAGCAGCAGUGUUGACGCCAGCAAUAGAUGCAGCAGCGGCAGCAGUGAGGGUUGUAGAUGCCACGUCAGCAGUUUCACACAGAAAUGGGUGUGUCAGAAGCUUUGUGAAGGGGUUUACGUGGACGAUGGCCGCUUCCACGUAAGCAUGGACCCGUUCACCGCUACAGUCACAACCUGUGUGAAUGUAGCGAAGGUGCUUGAAGUUGUGGGCAUGGGAUCAAACGGUGGUGAUGCUGACGAUGCACUUUCCACAGAAUGGUUCCUUGAGACGGGUCGUACGGCGCCUAAUAACGAGGAUCCUCAAAACGAGGAGCGAGGACCACGUGGCAGGCCACAGCGACGCAGAAAUGCCGAAAUCGGGGCGGAAGAGGACGAGCUGCUUAUAACGCGGACGGGGGCGCCGCAGCAGCAAGAAACAACUCUCCCCAUGGAAAUAUUAGUCGAAAGGGGCGAGUGGAAGCAGGCGGAGGAGCGGCUGUUGCGGGAGGCGGAGUGGGCGGAGGGCGCGGAGGCGGAGGCCUGGCGGGAUUUGGGUUUGGGGGCAGUCAGCGGGGAUGACGCGCGCGGAAAGGGAAGGGGGAAGGGGAAAGGGCGGAAAGGAAGGAAAAUGGACAAAUCCGCGGAUCUGGUGGGCGCUCUACGAAGCAUCAGGGGGAUUGGGCGGAGGGGGCUAGGCGUGCAAAGUAGGGGAUGCGGGGACUUGGCUGCAGGGGGCUCGGCGUCGGAUUUGACCGCCGGAUCAAAUCACCGGGACACGGCAAGGGGUGUUGGUUCAGUGAAGGACGAGCUUGAGCAGGCGAUGGAUGACGUGGCAGCGAAGCUGGCGUUUUGGCGAAGCACUCAGCAGCGAAGCGGCUUUAAGUGCUGGGAGGAAUGGCCGCUCACGAGCGGCGCGCAAGUGGUAGUCGGGGGAGGGAGGAGAGGGAGGAUAGGAGGGAGGUGGGAGACAACGGAGAGGAAGAAGAGGAAGACGAGACGAGGAGGGAGCGCGAACUGGCGUGGGAAGAAUUUUACGGGAAUCCUGUCGAGAAACGAACUUACGUGAUGUGGAAAGAUACAGUUUCUACACUACCGGACUGGACGCAUCUGGAGGCAGGCGUUUUGCUUAUAAAGGGGGAAUUUCAACGGGACAUUGCGGUGAAUGCACGUGUGCGGAUGAGAUUGUGGGAGGCGCAUAGCGGACGCGAUAAGAGGGGGAUGUUUGUUGACUGCGUUGUGCUUAGGGAGACCGGCAUUCCUUGCGAGUGCUUAUGGUAGGUUAUUAUAGACUGCUAUGAAGCUUAGAAACAUA